CGUUUUUGACAUUACAGCACGCGUAAAUAUUGUCCAAAAGAGCAAUGAAUUAUUAGUAAAUAUGGCUGAUAUUAGGUUAAAAAAACAUGCUAAUUAUACUCUAAAAGAGUUAGAAGAAUAUCUGAAUUCACCUAAUUCGUGUGUACAUAAAAUCAACACCAAUUUUCAUAUAUCAAUAUUACCGUACAGCAUGGAGAACUUCAAGCGGCACUUACUGCUUUAUAUUAUACGGAAAAAGGUGAGCUUCUACGAUGCACAAGUUGAAGGAAUUGUUUUGGAUGUGAGAAAUAUAAAGUUACUGAACUCUGCAGCAGCUCUACGUGCCAACGAUCCACAUUUGCACAUAGAUUUAAAUGCUGAUUUUUACGUGUUUCGCCCAGCAGCAGGAGCUUUGGUAAAUGGUUUAGUCAAAUAUGUGGGUGAUAAAAUUGUUGGUGUAACAAUAUAUAAAGUUUUUAGUGCUCAGAUACGAUUCAAUGUUAAAAUUGAUAAAAGUCAAGUAUGCUUGGAUCAGGAACUUCAGUUUCGAAUAAAAGAUUUUGAUUUGCAAAACAUCUUUCCUUACAUAGUUGGUGAAUUGCCAAAUCAUAUUGAAACUCAAACCAUUAAAAAGGAGCGUGUCAAAAAAAUUACAUUUGAAGAAAAUGUUAGUUCAAAAGAUGAUGAAAUCAGAAAUGGGACUCAAGAUUUAGAUGAAUUAGUGGCUUUAAUUAAUGAGCAAACUGCUAUUGCAAAUAGUAAAAAACGCAAGAAUAUGUUAAAUACGACACCAAGGAAUGGAAAACGUAAAUUGUCGGCCUCAUCUAUAGAAACGACAGAUUUUAAAAUCAAAGCAGAGGAAGAUAGUUUCAGCAUAUCUGGUAGUGAUUCUAUAACUAGCGAAAAAAUCAAAAAACGGAAAAUAAAGUAUGAAAACUUGGAUGAAAGUAUAGAUAUUACUAGCGAAAAUAUUAAAAAACGGAAAACAAAACAUAAAAACUUGAAUGAAAGUAUAGUUAUAGAAGCAGAAACGGAGGAAACGCCAAAUGCUUCCAGCACAAUUGUGGAGACCAGUAACGAACAUAAAGUGAAACAUAAAAAAUUGGAAACAUCAGUUACCAAAAAGCAGAAAAAAAAUAAAAGUGCUUCAUUGGAUGACAGUGUAGAUACUAGCAUAGACUUAACUACAUCAAAAUGCGUGUCUAUAAAUGUAGACAGUGGCGAGGAUUGCUCCACACAUGAAAAUAAUUCUUUUCAAAUAAAAUUAAAAACUAAAAAAGCAAAGAAAAAAUCUAAAAAGGAAUCAUUGACAAAUGGUACAGCACAAAACGAUUCCAAACUUAAAGUAAAUGGGAACACAGAUUGUAUAUAUAUAGACUAGAAGUUAUAAAUAGAGAUUUGAUGUCAAUACUAGAUAAACAAUAACAUUAAGCAAAUGUAUUAUUUGUGUGUGCACUCAAUAUAUAUGCAAUAAGAUGACAAGUUGGCAUGUAACCCUGCAUCUGCAACAAUAUAUUCUAGUAAGUCAUGCCUGCUGGUGAAAAACAUACCACACAUCCUCUGCAAAGUCACAUAACUCGAAGUUCUACCUUUUCGAGUUUAUAUGCUGAAUGAAUUAAGAUUAAUUAAUCUUUACUAUCUAUAGAACUACUAUCUUUCAAGUUAUCGUGAGCACUAAUGCAAAUUGCCUGCAAAUUUUAAAACUGUAUAUAAAAUUCAAUAAGUGGAUUUGUGUCUCUUUUGUAGAAAGUAUGCGAUAUAUUUUAAUAGAAAUCUUAUAGAUUUUAUUUU